AUGGGUUCUUUUCUUGUUCGAGGAUGGAUUUUGGCCGCAUUACUUGUGCAAACGGGUCUCGCCACCACAAUUCUUGCGGAGCCAACUGUGACUGUCACUCCUUCUGCUGUGGCGACACACCAUAAGCAGCAUCAUCAUCACCAUCAACACCACCAUUGGUCUCAUGUCCCUAGGCCUAUGCCCAGUCGCAAGCCUUGCCCUGCUCGUUCUUCAUCGGUAGUUCUCGCUUCCAGCGCGAUCCCUACUUCGACUCCUCUUCUGAGUCGAGUUCCUACCCCGUCGGUUAUUCGGACCCCUUCGGCCCCUCAUUCUUCAACUCCUCUUAUCAAGCCAUCUGUUGUUGUGUCUGCAACAGAUUCUCUUUCAACUGGACCUUCACAAUUGACAACCACUGGACUCGGGUCAUCUUCUUCGCAGAUUAUCUUGACUUCUGCCUCUGGCAGUAGCACUACGGUUGUCGCUUCGAUCCCUACAUCCACCCCAUCUGGAGCCCUUCAAUCGAGUGUGGUCUCUGGCUCCUCUACAUUGGAUUUGGCCACUUCAACAGUCUUUGUCACUGGCACAACUACCACAUCCGGAGCGCUUCAGUCAAGCGCAGGCUCUGGGUCCUCUACAUUGGAUUUGACCACGUCGACUGUCUUUUCUACUCGCACAGCUACCAUCACUGCAUGCCCUACUACAGUCCCUAACUGCCCUGCCAGUUCAAAGACAACAUUUGUGACUACAGAGACAAUUCUGGUAUCCACUACAAUCUGCCCUGUUACUGAGACUGCCGGCCCUACCCAAACAGCAUCUGCUUCGCUAUCUGCCACUGGAGGUGCUGGUGAUCAUGGCCAUGGAAACGGUGGCUCAGACCUCACAACAUCCACUGUCUAUAGCACUCGCACAGCCACUAUCACCGCAUGCCCAUCUUCAGUGACCAAUUGCCCCCUGAAGUCAAAGACCACAUCCGUGACCACUGAGACCCUGAUUGUCUCUGUAACAGUCUGUCCCGUGGCGGAUGCUACUGGUACCAACGGUGCCGCUCCUACUAAAGCAAUUGGAGGUGGUAACAAUGGUGCUUCCCAGCUGACCACAUCUACUAUCUACGCUACCCGCACCGCCACCGUCUUUGCCUGCCCUGAAUCUGUGACUGAUUGCCCCCUGAAGUCAAAGACCUCGUACGCAACCACCCAAACAUUCGCUGUCACAACUACUGUCUACCCUGUCUCCCCUGUCUACACAUCUGUCCCAGCUGGAUCUCAAUCUGGUUCUGAGAGUGCAGGACCAGGCUCAAACGUAGGCACUGUCCACACCACGACCAUCGUCGUUGAAUCUUGCUCUGACGAUGAUACCUGUACCGGAUACGUGAACACCAUCGUGGUGACCCAGACUAAUGCUGCUGAGCCCACUGCAGCUCCCUCGUUGUAUACCCCCCACUGGGGCUCUGGAGCUGGAUCUAGUGGUGCUAUCUCUGCUUCCUCGACUCAUUCGUGGUUCCUUAGCAGCCACCCUAGUGGAAUGGCCACAGCGGCUGUUUCUACUGCAACAGGUGCAACAGGUGCAACAAGUGCAACAAGUGCAGUGGGUCCGGUGUACACCGGGGCUGCAUCUGUGAUUACUCAGUCGUCGAUGAUGCAGAUUUUGGGUACUAUGAUGGUGAUUCUGCUGGCGAUUUAUGUCUAG